AUGGAUACCACGAUUUCCGGCAGUGUCUUCCUGACUCUUCCCCAGGUUUUGUUUGUUCUUUCAAGCCCUAACUUUAAAAAUCGGCGAUCAGAAGCACGUAGUAACCCUCCCCGCGGCCACAUCGCCAGCCUUCGCGGGCCGGAGGUCCUGCGGCAGUCCCUGGAUCAGCUCGCUCUUCCAGCUGUCGCCGCGCCGCUUCUUCCGGCCCGCAGGCUGCGCUCGGCUGUGCCCGGCGCUCUCUCGGCUUUCGGCUGUUUCCGGAGCCACUCGCGGCUGGCGGCGGAGAGCUCCGGGCGCGGGCUACAGAUGUCGGACCUGCAGGUGGCUGAGGGGCCUGGCUCCUGGAGCCCCACAGCCCGCCAAGGGUCGGCGGGCGGCGUCGGGGACUGCCAGGAAGUGGAGGGGAGCCAGGCGACCGCCUCAGAGAAUGAAGAUCUAGAAAACAACAAGGAUACCUCUUCAUUGGCUUCUGCCACUGAUCCAGAACCCUGUUCCUCACCCCACAGGCCACAGAUGGUAUCUCCAGUGAGUAAGGAUGCCACGGAAGAUCUGAGGAAAGCAACUGGUGCCUUGGAUGCUCAGGCUGUGGUGAAACAGGAUUUGCUGCCUGCAGACCAGACCCAGGUCCUCAGUGAGAGUUCUGUUGUGCAGAUGGCCAAGUAUCAAGUUCCACAGAGGUCUGGGGACAUCGUUAUGAUCCAAUCUGAGCAUACAGGAGCUAUAGAUGUUCUUUCAGCUGAUUUGGAAUCUGCAGAUCUUCUGGGGGACCACAGGAAAGUCUCCCCACCUCUGAUGGCUCCUCCAUGCAUCUGGACAUUUGCCAAGGUGAAGGAAUUCAAAAGCAAGCUGGGCAAGGAGAAGAACAGCCGACUGGUGGUGAAGCGUGGUGAGGUGGUGACCAUCAGAGUACCUACUCAUCCAGAGGGGAAGCGUGUCUGCUGGGAGUUUGCAACCGAUGACUAUGACAUUGGCUUUGGAGUUUAUUUUGACUGGACCCCUGUAACCAGCACUGACAUAACUGUGCAGGUCAGUGAUUCCAGUGACGACGAGGAAGAAGAAGAGGAAGAGGAGGAGGAGAUUGAAGAACCCGUUCCAGCUGGAGAUGUGGAGAGAGGCUCCAGGAGCUCCUUGCGGAGUCGCUAUGGGGAGGUGAUGCCUGUGUACCGGCGGGACAGCCACCGAGACGUGCAGGCUGGCAGCCAUGACUACCCUGGGGAGGGCAUCUACCUGCUCAAGUUCGACAACUCUUACUCCCUGCUGCGCAACAAGACUCUCUACUUCCACAUCUACUACACCAGCUGAAGGACCUCUGGGACAGGGCAGGCUGUAUUUGCUGGCUGAAGCAGCUGUCAGCUGGUGGCUUUUGUUGGGAUAGGCAAGAGCUAAAGGUUCAUGUGGGGCUCCUGAGCCUCACACCCUGUCUGGAAUGUCUGACUGUUGACCCAUGUAGCUUUUCCCCUUCUUGGCUUCUGCAGGUGGUGAUGUAGUGCCCCUGUUCUGUGGUCCCUGACUCAUAUACUUCUUGCUUCAGACUCCAGCAAAUUCCCUCUUGAAGGCACCUAUCGGGCAUAGCCUAAAAGGAAGCAGCGCGUUGUUUUUUUAAAAAUAGAUUUAUCUUGGCACAGGUUUAUCAUUCAGAUUGCCGCCCUCUCCUCUUCCAGAGCCUUUAUUGCCAAUGCAUUUAGUGGUACCCACUCUUUACCUUUUGAGGUACCAGAAGAGGGAAAAGCACAUUGUCCAUAAAGGAGCCCAAUCUUUUGGUUGGAGAAAGCUCUGUCCAGCCUGUCACCACUGCCGUAUUCCUGCCUGCUGGUUAUUCUUGGUCUCUGCAUAACUGAGAGACCACACUGCCUUUGGAGGGCUGUUACUAUUCCUGAUGGUAGACACCUCCUCCUUUCUCUUUCCUAAAUCUAUGUUUUUGCCAUUACAGCAAGAACUUCCAUGCAAUCUAAAAUGAUGAUCAACGUAACCUAAGAUCUUGUGGGAAGAAAAACUGCCUCCAUUAUUUCCUGUUCCAAGGGCACUGGCAGUCAAAGUGGGUAGAGUGGAAAUUAGGUAUUGAAUUGAUGGCAGAACCCACAUAUUUGAAGGUCAAGUGUUAGUUUUUUUUCUUUUUAUAUAAUCAAAGAAGGAAUGGUAUCAUCAGAGAGAAGAUGAAAAACAAACAAAAAAAACCACUCCAGAGUCCCCACCACUUUUUUUUUUUUUUUGUCUUUAGAGUAGGAGUGCUAUUUAGAAAUGUUGCUUUGGAAUCAAAUGCACUGAAACCCAAUCAGCUUUCCAAAGUUUCUGCAUUUAGGUUUCUUGCAUUGAGGGCUUAAAUCUUUUGGUGUUCAGAGUCCCUUAGUUAAGGUGAUGAUGAAGCUUCACUAUUGCUGCUGAUUGUAUUUGUUCUUUACCUGACCAAAGCUUGCAUUUCCCUGGUGACAGCAUUUCCUCCUCUGUCACCCCUGAGGUUCAGGAGUGCCACAGAGGGCAGGUGGUGCUACAGCCAGUGGUCACCAGAGCACCAGAUGCUGGGCCCCCAGGCAGAGAAGGAGAUGGUGAGAUGGGACCUCAGCAGUCUCUGUGUUUGUACUUCUCUGUCUCUUACUCCUCGUGUUACGUCUGUUACUGCCUACGAAUUCUGAAGAAUAGAUUUAUUUAUUACUGUAUUUAUUUUUUUAGCACAUUUCAUUUUGCCUUUGAAACAGUUUCCAUCUGUUUCUCAGAAGGCUUCCCAUCUGUUCUGAGCCACGGAGGCCCCCUCUUUUACGGAGUUAGAGAAGAUAUUUUUAGGAGCGUUUGGGAAGCGAUGAUGUUUUAUUUCUGCAGGUCAGUCCUGUGAUGGCUUCGUGAGGAGUAUGGCCCUUCAGAAAGGGAUGAUGCCACCUUAUUCCAUGUUUAGGGUACAGUUCGGCACUUCCGGUGAAGAAUUAUAAGUUGUGAGGGAAUCUGCCCGUUUGCUGGGGAUUGAGUGCAGAGGAAUUGCCCAGCCAAUCAGAGAUAUCCUGUGAUUCCAGGAUUUCGGAGUCCUUUGUCUCUGAGGAGUCACCUUCUUCGUGAUGUUUUCUUUGCCUCACUCCUUCAUUGUUGGAUUCCUCACACCAAGGUUCUAUCCCUACAGUAGCAUAACUCAAGGAGCAGGACUCUUCCCAGUAGGUCCCGAGUAGCAUCUACAUCACAUCAAAUGCAAUACAUCCUGCGCCUUUUCUUCCCCUCGGAGCAAAGCCCCAAGUGGGAUAGGAUGUUGGGGAUUGCCAGAGCAUUCCCCUCCUCUGAGCUGCAUCAUACCUCCAUUAUUUUAUAUUUGCAAAUGUGUUUUGUAGAGGAUUACACUGGCCAAAAUUUAUAUACCUUUAAAGAAAUUAUUGUGGUGACUGUCUGUUGAGGCAGUGAAGACCAGAUUUGCUGUGUGUUAUCCCAUUGGAUAGCUGAGUGGCUGCUCUUGCGUCCUUGAAGUCAAAUCAUGCCUUAGCUAAUUGAAUAUAAUCUUUGUAAAAUAAUUUUCUACUGAGCUGUUUUCUAGUCAGCUAAAGCCUUGCUUAUUUUUCCUGUUUAUUAUUAACUUCUGCCUUCCUCUCAAAAUGAAACUGUCAGGCCAUAUAUAGCAAGCUCCCAAGGAUAACACUUGUUAUUGAUGAUUUCUUUUCACCGUGAGAUUCUCUGCCUAUUUUCUUUGGAAUGCUAGUUCUGUUGCAUCAGGGAAACCUGAGGGACUUGUUCUUUUCGCCUCUGUGUGCCUGUUAGCAUCUGGUCACUUUGGAAGUCCUAGGCGUGGUUACAUUUCAUUCCAUACUGGUUUUUCACCGUAUGGUUUCAGGGUUUCUGUGUUCCAAAAUAGCUAAAAGAAGAUAUUUUCACUGUCUGAUUCACUAUCCUCACAUUACAUUUCUGAAACAAUUGAACUUUAGGGGCAAGAUAUUAUUUACUGAAGCACAGGUAAUUACUGAGAACCCGCAGCUCAGCAAAUUCUAAGAGAUGGUCAUUUCCUCGGCCCCUCCCAGUCCAAAUUUAUAGACCCAAAUGACGAAAUGAAAAUUGUUUGCUUUAAUCCUCACCCUGUUCUCUAGAGCACAAAUAAAUAUUAACAAGCAAUUGAAAGAAAGUGCUUCAUAGUAGGAGAGAGAUUGGAAUUCUCUAUACAGAGUGACUUAGUUCUUACAUUUAUUUAGUUUUAGUUUUGCCACUUUGUUGAGACAUAGGGCUUUUAGAAAGGAAGACUAAGUAUUAAUUUUUCCACCAAUGUUUUAUUGUGAAAAAAUUUUAGCAAACAGCUUAAAAGAAAUAUAAAUAUACUGUAAACCAAAAAGUAUCUGAGACAGGUCUGAAUAAAUUUAGAGGUUUAUUUUGCCAAGGUUAAGAACCCAUGACACAGCCUCAGGAGAUUCUGAGAACACGUCCCCAAGGUAGUUGGGUUACAGCUUUUUGUUUGUUUGUUUGUUUGUUUGUUUUUGAGACGCAGUUUCGCCCUUGUUACCCAGGCUGGAGUGCAAUGGCGCGAUCUCGGCUCACCACAACCUCUGCCUCCUGGGAUCAGGCAAUUCUCCGGGAUCAGGCAAUUCUCCUGCCUCAGCCUCCCGAGUAGCUGGGAUUACAGGCACGUGCCACCAUGCCCAGCUAAGUUUCUGUAUUUUUAGUAGAGAUGGGGUUUCACCAUGUUGACCAGGAUGGUCUCGAUCUCUUGACCUCGUGAUCCACCCGCCUCGGCCUCCCAAAGUGCUGGGAUUACAGGCAUGAGCCACUGCACCCGGCCGGGUUACAGCUUUCUACACUUUACGGAGACAGAAGUUCCAGGCAAAGACAUCAAUCAAUACAUGUAGGGUAUACAUGGGUUUGUCCUGGGAAGGCAGGACAUCUCGAAGAUGGGUGUUUCUAGAUCAGAGGUAGAUCAAAGAGACUGGCAAUUGGUUGAAAGAGUUAAGAUCUACCUGAAAAGAUGAAGUCAGGUUAAGUUAAAGUAAGGGAGGCUUGUGGAAGCUGAGGUUCUUGUCAUGUAGAUGAAGCCUCCAGGUAGCAGGCUUCAGAGAGAAUAGAUCAUGAAUAUUUCUUAUUAGACCUUAAAAGGUGUCAGACUCUCCAGAAAAGACCUAAUCAGAGAAGGAGAUUUUCUUGAUUUGCAGUAGCUUUGAAGGUCUCUUAAAAAAAAAUGGCCGGGUGCGGUGGCUCAUGCCUGUAAUCCCAGCAGAUCACUAGGUCAGAAGUUGAAGACCAGCCUGGCCAAGAUGGUGAAACCCUGUCUCUUUAAAUAAAAAAAAAAAAAAAAGAAAGAAAAAAAAGGAGAUUUUCUACAGAAUGCAAAUUUCCCCCAGAAGAAACGGCUUUGUAGGGCCAUUUCAAAAUAUGUUAAAUAAAUAUAUUGGGGAGUAAAAUACUUUGAUUUCCUUUGGGGCCUGCUAUCUGUCAUGUGAUGCUAUAUCAGAGUCAGGUUGGGAUUUGGUAUUUUAUUGCCACAGAGAGUCUGUUUGGUUAGUCUUAAGAUCUCUGUAUUAACGUUAAUGCUGGUCAGUUGUAGUUAAAUUCCAAAGUGAAGAGGGUGAAAGGAGGCAUGUCCGACCCUAUAUACCAUACACCCUCCCACGUAAAUUAAAAAAUUUUUAACUACCAAUUCUUAAGCAAAGAUGAUUCUAACAUUCUGUUCCUUUUGACAAGUUCCAGUUAGAGAAUGCUGAGAAUGUCCCCUGCACAGACAACUUCAGCUCUGUCAGAGAGCCCCUGAUUUUUAGCAGACCUGUUUCAUUCAACAUGGGUUAUCCAGGAGGUGAUCUUCAUAAAAAUGUUUCUUGGAGCCAGGCAUGAUGGCUCACUCCUAUAGUCCCAGCACUUUGGAAGGCCAAGGUGGGCAGAUCACCUGAGGUCAGGAGUUUGAGACCAGCCUGGCCAACGUGGUAAAACCCCGUCUCUACUAAAAAUAUAAAAAUUUGCUGGGCCUGGUGGUGGGUGCCUAUAAUCCCAGCUACUCUGGAGGCUGAGGCAGGGAGAAUCUCUUGAGCCCAGGAGGUGGAGGUUGCAGUGAACCAAGAUCGUGCCAUUGAACUCCAGCCUGGGAAACAGAGCGAAACUCCAUCUCAAAAAAAAAAAAAAAUUGUUUAUUGGUCUCCAACUUUGAAAACCUGUGCUUUAUUUCCCCUUUCCCUCAGGCCAUGAUCUCUGCAGUUUUCCUUACUAACUGGCAUUUCAGUAUAGGAGUGAUUGCGAAGCUGCUCCAGAAGGGCUAAUCUCUGUUGCUUCAUGACACGACCUCAGGAUCCUGAUACUAAAACUCAAUCCUCAGAUAACAGGUAGCUUUAUCAUGGAAGUAGGUAGCAAUUUGGAAUUGACUAUUCUUAUUUUUUUUCUUAAUGAAUUGAUAUAUGCACUUUAAAAAAUAUUUUUGUUAUUUUGGGAAGAAAAACUUAGACUUUUAAAGUAGUGUAUAUUGUCCCAUUAUAAUAUGUACAUGGAAGAGUGAAAUCUGAAUGCUGCCUUAUAUUAAACAGUGGGAUUAGGUAUUAUCAUAAAAUGUCUUCAUCUAUAAAAAAUAACGAGUUUAUGUUUAUGAUGAGCCCUGCUCAGUCCCUCUUGAAGAGAAUUAGUUGAAACCCAAACUCUAAAGUCAGUACUUUUAUAUUUGUUUGUUAAGAACGCUUAUCUGCAAAAGGUUGGCAUCUAAGGUGUGGAGUUGAGUGACCCUAAUAUUUACAUAAAAGACUUGUUUUAAUGGAGCAUAAGGGAGGGGCAUAAGUUAAACCAUUUUGUGUGGCUUGAGACCUGACUUUUAAAAUUGACCACCAGGAGUGAAAACAAAAUAAAAUGAGGGGCAAGGGGUAGGAGGUAGGAGUAUGUGGGCAGGGGAGAGCAGAGCUAUCAAAUAGAUCUUAGAAUUUUGCUCAGAAAUCACUGCUCCCUCUCAAUUGUUAUCCCUGCCUAAACCAAGAAGGCCAAAGAAAGUCCCUCCUGUUUGAAUUCUUAAGCUAAGAAAACACUGUUGCCUAAAGCCUGUGAUAGUGGAGCUCAUUUACAAAUAGGCAUGCCUCACACACUGAGUCCAAAGGCAAGACAUUGGCUUUGAAAUCAGGCUCAUGAUCUCAUUCCUAUUAUAUGUACCUUGAUUUCUUUUAGGCCUCAGGUAUGUGGACCAGAGUUAAUGUCAUGACUCUUCAUUCUAAGAGAGGAUGAAAAGUUGCCCUAGAAAUCUAGAGAUGCAUGUUUAUUUAAUUCCAUAGUUUAAAAAAAAAUCAUUUUAAGCAGGUAGUUGUAGCUUAUCUGGGGGUAAAAUAAUAUAUGUGAAAUGACUUCCAGAGGACAAAGUAUAUUUUCUAAAGUUGUGAUACAGGAUCAUGAACCAUUCUGAAGUUUUGGUUUGAAAUAUUAUAGUAUAUGAUCUUACCAAAGAGCCCUUAAUUCAGAAUUUAAGGGGCUCUAUUUCUGGAUGAACUCUUCAUCACUCAGGGUUGAAUGUGUAAUGUUCCUUGCUAUUGAUUGUUGUUGAUUCUUAGGAUCGGGCCAAGAAUCAUCUGGAAAACAUUAUCUUAAUUCCUUCUUUCAUAUCCUAAACAGUACAUGUUACUAAGGAACUCCAUAUGAAAAACCCCACUCAUGUCUCCUGAGAUUAUCCCGUAAGUGAAGUAGCUUUCAUUUAAUCCAGCUAAAUUAUUUCCACUUAGCCAUGUUAAAGAGAAGUCAGGUCUGGAGAAAGCGAUUCUGUAACCUGUGACUCUGGUGUACCCAUUUUCCCUUAACAUAAUGGGAAGUGUUUUGAAAUUCCCAAAAGAGAGCUGUUUUGUAAUCCAAGUGAUGGAUUAUAAGAAAGCCAGACUUUGGAUAAGGAUAAUUGGAAAAAAGGGAGGUGCUUGAAGAUUUUCUAAACUACUUUAUGCCAUUUAGCUUGUUUCUGAAGGGCCUUCUUUGGUGCCAUGUACUCAGAUCAAUCAGUGGACUGAAAGAUGAUCGUGUUUUCUUCGUCAAGAUUUAAGCAAUUGGCAACCACAAAGACGUUCUUUCCUUUCUGUUCUAUAUCAUGUACUGUUGCUGACAUUACAAAAAGGGGUCUGGAAGGGAAACUGUCACUCUUUUAUUUUUUUCUUUAAAAUACAAAAGCAUCCCAACUAAUCAUUUAUUAUGGUCAACUUGUUUCACAUGUCCCCUAUUAUGAGAAAUGCUAUUAACAUCUCCCGUGAUUUCUAAGAGCUCUUACCAAAUUGUUACUUACUUCUUGUGUCCUGCUGAGUGGUUUUUCUUUUAAAAUACCAUUUUUAUCAUCCUGUGGCACUGAGUGUGUUACUGCGAUUACACUGAUGAUUCUGAGCUGUGGUUCUUUAAAUAGCUCAGUUCUUGUGUUUUAUAUUAUGUAACAGUUUUGUGAUGCUUUUGUGCAUUCUUUGUCAUCUCUUCUGAGUUUUGAAAUCUGUCAUAAAUAAACUUUUUCACUAUGCACCUGGGAA